UACUCGUCCACCGCCAAGGCCAACGAAUGUGGCAAGGGCAAGGGCGUGAACGACCCGAGGAAGGAUUUGCAGGACAAGGAGGCUUACGUGGCAAAUCUCAAGACGAUGGCCAUGCGCGGGUCCAGCCUCUACACGGGAUACGCGAUUGUGGGCGGGGGUGCGUCUCAAGCUGCUAGCUAUACGGAGAAGCUCAGCAAGUCCUGCAAGGAGUACUUUGAGUCCAAGGGGCAGGCGGAUGAGGAGGUUGCAGCGGCAAUGGAGGGCGUAAGGGGUAGGUCCACCCAAUGCACCCACUUGCAGUACGUACUGGAGGCGGGGCUCUUGUACAGCAAGGACGGGCAGGGACAGUACCCUAUCGACUUGCUGAACAAGUGCCCUAUCAAGGGCAAUGCUGGUAGGGCCGCCGCGAGGAUUCGGCAGUCCAUGUACUUGCAGUACGCUGGGCGCCUUGGCGCGCUGUGCAAGAAGGAUGCUCCAAUCGCACCGUUGGGGCUGCUACUGGCGGUGGGAGCUUCAUCCUCGUACAGGGAAGCUGGGGAGCUUAUCAACCAGUACCGGGCGGCUAGGAAAUCUGGCAAUCCGCCCGCUCGGCCAGUGGUGGCAUUGGCGCGGCGCUUCUUUGGCAUCGCGCCGGAGCCUCCGUCCGUCAACACAAUCCCCAACACGGCUGGUGGCGUAGGCGUUCGGAUUGAGGUCGACGGAGGUGGCGGUGCUGCUGGUGGCGCCACAGGCGGUGCCGCAGGGGGUGCUGGAGGUGCUGGUGAGGGAGUGGCCGCGCCCUUGGUGAGCAUAUACGGGGGGGGGGAGCCGUGGGAAGGACUAUUCUGGUGACCUUGAUCUUACAAUCACAUGGCUUGUUUGAGAGUAUGCUUGCUUGCGGUUAACAGUUACAUGCUGCCUAUAAUGGGCCCUUCAGGAUCAAGGUGCGGCCCAGCCUGGUGCGGCGGCCACCACAGCGCACAGCGACGAAGAGGAGGAGCCGGAUCUGGCGCUGAUUAACUUGGAUGUCUUUGGUGUCGAGCCGCCAGUGCAGCAGCGUGCGCCACGGGGUCGGCAGCGGGCGUCUGGUCUGGAUGACGACCUCGGAGCCCGUGGUGGCAGGAAGAAGCAGCGGACCGGGGCUGCUAAGGUGGCGAAGAGCGGUCGUGGUGGUGGUAGCGGGAGGGGAGAAGUUGGCGGUGGAAGAGGGCGUGGGCGGGGCGGCAGGGGCGGGGGGAGGGUGGCGGCAGUGGUUGAGUCGGAAGAAGAGGAGGAUGGGGGUGACGAGGAAAUGGAGGACGACGAGGAGGCAAGCGGGGAGUCUACUGGGGAGGGGCAGGAGGAUGACGUGAGUGUCCGGGAUACAUCGGAUGACAGCAGCAGCAGCAGCGGCGGUGGAAGCAGUGGCAGCAGCGGCGAACGGGCGGGCGGAAACCGGCAGCAGGACCGUAGGCAGCAGGAACUAGAGCAGCAGCAGCAGCGGGGUAAGAAGCAGCAGGCAGCAGUUGGGGCGGCAAAGGUGCCCAAGGCAGGAACUGGGUCGAGUGGCCAGUCUCGGCGUGUGCGGGCUAACCGCUAGAUAGAGGCAGACUGGGAGUAGGUUGUUUGCAAUGGGCAUAGAGUAGCUGUGAGUGGAAACAUGGUUCG